CGGCGGGCUGCUUGCAGGCGCGGCUCCCGGCCAGAGCCAGCGAGCGGAACGGGCGCCUCGGCUGCUGCGCCUCCUCCGAGAACCGGUGGCGCGCCCCCCGCCCCAACGCCGGGCCUGCCUGGUCCCGGGUCCCAGCGUGCGUCCAGCAGCUUCGUAGCGGGAGGGCGCAACUUUCCCCCGGUCCCGGGCGGGGCGGGGACGGCAGCGGGACAACUUGGAAAACUUCUCCGGAGAGGACGGCAGGGACGCCGGGUGUCGGUGGAAGAGGAUGUAGGAGGGCGGUGGCUGGCCCCAGGCAUCCCUCCGUCUCCUUGGCCCGGUUCGGCCUGGCCAUGGGGCUCCAGCGCCUUGUGCGCCGCCAGGGGGUCGAUCCCCCCUUCUAGCCUAGCUGCGCAGGACAGUACCGUCUCCGGCUGAGCACGCUCUGGGCGAGCAGCGACCCCUCUGGCCGCGUCCCGCCCCGUCAUGGACCACCAGGAGCCCUACUCGGUGCAGGCCACCGCGGCCAUCGCGGCGGUCAUCACGUUCCUCAUCCUUUUCACCAUCUUUGGCAACGCGCUGGUCAUCUUGGCUGUGUUGACGAGUCGCUCGCUGCGCGCCCCGCAGAACCUGUUCCUAGUGUCGCUGGCCGCCGCCGACAUCCUGGUGGCCACGCUCAUCAUCCCUUUCUCGCUGGCCAACGAGCUGCUGGGCUACUGGUACUUCCGGCGCACGUGGUGUGAGGUGUACUUGGCGCUCGACGUGCUCUUCUGUACCUCGUCCAUCGUGCACCUGUGCGCCAUCAGCCUGGACAGGUACUGGGCCGUGAGUCGGGCGCUGGAGUACAACUCCAAGCGCACCCCACGCCGCAUCAAGUGCAUCAUCCUCACCGUGUGGCUCAUCGCAGCUGUCAUCUCCCUGCCGCCGCUUAUCUACAAGGGCGACCAGGGGCCCCAGCCUCGUGGGCGCCCGCAGUGCAAACUUAACCAAGAGGCCUGGUACAUCCUGGCCUCUAGCAUCGGAUCUUUCUUCGCACCCUGCCUCAUCAUGAUCCUGGUCUACCUGCGCAUCUACCUGAUCGCCAAGCGCAGCCACCGCAGAGGUCCCAGGGCCAAGGGCCGCCCUAGGGAGGGUGAGUCUAAGCAGCCCCGCCCCGUCCCUACUGGAACUUCAACCAAAAUGCCAACCCUGGCCUCUCUGGCUGCUUCUGGAGAGGCCAAUGGUCACUCCAAGCCCACUGGGGAGAAGGAGAAGGAGGAGGGGGAGACCCCUGAAGAUCCUGCGACCCCUGCCCUGCCACCCAGCUGGUCGGCCCUUCCCAACUCAGGCCAGGGUCGGAAGGAAGGCGUUUGUGGGGCAUCUCCAGAGGAAGAAGCUGAGGAGGAGGAGGAAGAGUGUGAGCCUCAGGCCUUGCCAGCAUCUCCUGCCUCCGCCUGUAGCCCACCCCUGCAGCAGCCACAGGGGUCCCGGGUGCUGGCAACUCUACGUGGCCAGGUGCUCCUGGGCAGGGGCGUGGGCACCUCGAGCGGGCAGUGGUGGCGGCGGCGGGCGCAGCUGACUCGGGAGAAGCGGUUCACCUUUGUGCUGGCCGUGGUCAUCGGCGUUUUUGUGCUCUGCUGGUUCCCCUUCUUCUUCAGCUACAGCCUGGGUGCCAUCUGCCCACAGCACUGCAAGGUGCCCCAUGGCCUCUUCCAGUUCUUCUUCUGGAUCGGCUACUGCAACAGCUCUCUGAACCCCGUUAUCUAUACUAUCUUUAACCAGGACUUUCGCCGUGCCUUCCGGAGGAUCCUCUGCCGCCAGUGGACCCAGACGGCAUGGUGAGCCACCUGCCCGCCACCCGUGUGGGGUUGGUGCCAGGCGGCACCAGGGCCACCCUGAUUCUUGCCCUAUUUUAUGUGGCCACCUCCCUGGGGCUUCCUGGUCCCUGCCUGGGUCCUGCAGGCUUCAUCCUGGGAGCCCCCCUGGGAGGGGCAGGGGUGCUGUUCACAGGGGUCCAGCUGAGGCCUCCGAUUGCUGGCUUGGCUGUGGGGGGACAUCUUCUCUACCCCCGUGAACACAGGCCCACGGAUGAGGCUUGGACCUUCCUGAACAUAGCCAAGGCUGGGCCAGAUAGAGCACUUCUCUCCCAAUACCCCGGACCCCUGCAAGCCCAUGGGUGGGCUUUCCUUCCUUAAGGACCCUUUGUUCCCUGGCUGGUCACUUGCUUGUGGCGUUUUUGUUUCUCAUCUUCCCCGGGUAAAGAGCAGGAAGCCAGCCUUCCACUUUUCCCAGGAGGACCCGCUGCUGAGGAGGAAGAGGCAGAAACGAGGGAUCCACGUUGGGCGCCCAUGGUCCCCAUCAGGCACUGGGUGGGGAGUUAACGGCCUGGCACUGUUUCUGGUCCUUCUUCCCUUUCCCCCUACCUUUAGAUUUGUAGCUCCUUUAAAGGCCAGAACCUUCUCUGGAAUCGUUUUCCUUACCUGGCACCCCUCUGGCAGGCGGGUGUGUGUGCCAGCAGAGGCCUCGCCUUGGUGGGGUGGUCUGGAGGUCUGGCCUCUGCCUCAAUGGGAGAUCCCUGAUCACUAGCAUUCGCCCCCUGCAAAAACCUGGCGACAAUGGCUUGCCGCCUACUUGCUGCAGGGAGAUGAAAGGCUUUGCGGAAAGCUUUGAGCUCCGUGGGGGAACGCACUAGAGAACCAGAAAAUAUGAUUAUUUGGAGAUAUAAAAAAAAUCCCCUUUCUCUGUGUUUACCACCACCUGUCUUCCUGUAGACUUUUGUUCUGCGCCUGGGGUGCGGGAAUUCUUACCCCAAACUGGAAGUGGGGAAUGGUAGAGAGAACCAACUAUUUCAGUUAAAGGAUUUCUUCGAGAUCACCUUCUUGUGCCUGCAAGGGUUUAGUUGUUAUGCUGCAUGACAGCUCCUCGACAUUUCACCCGCGACACCGAGAGGGUUUUCGGUGGCUUGCCCCCCCCCCCCCCAAUGGGGGACAAGUCUUUUGUCAUCAAGCAGGCAAAUUGUUUCCCCAAGAUGGCUAAAAAUACCCACCCCAUCAGAACAAUCUGAGAUGAGAGUCUGUGGUGGGUGACAGGGCCCCCAGGCAGGCGCUGGGGCUGGAACGGGUGAGUGAGGGCCCUGUGGACUCCUUCAGGAGCCUUCCACCAGAGCGCCCAGGCGGUUCUCCAAGCCCCACGUGGGUCCCUGUGAUGUGUAACUGAUCCUACCUUGGGUGGGGGCCGGCUGGCCAUCUCUGACCCAGCCAUGUUGCUUCACCCCACUGAUGAGGCUCCAGGGGCCUCUCUUCUCCUGGUUCUCUCCCCAACCCCAGGACCUAGCACCCAGAAGACUUGGGAGCAUUGGAAGGAUGUCUUCCAGUCUUCUCCAAGGAGCUCCUGGCUUCAGCAUUAAGCCAGCGGGCAUCUAGCAUGGGGGGUAGGGCUGAGCAGCCAAGGCACUGUUGGCACUCUGAGGGGCCCGGCCGGAUUUGGAGAGCUUUCUGGGGUGGAGAGAAUGGAGGAGACCAAAGAGAGUCCUUUCUGGGGAGAGGGGCUGUCUAGCUCCUUCUUACAAUCUCAUUGUGAGGCCAGGGCAUUGCCUUGGGGUGAGGCUGGGGAGGCUGGGCCCAGGGGAGUGGCUGACUUGUGACAUCUGCUGACUGGUCUUGCGUGUGUCCCGGGAGACUCCUGCAAUUAUUGCCUGUGGCCCCCUUGUUGUGAUACGCAGGUAUUUUUUUUUUUUUAAGUCUGAGCUAUUUUAUCAAUAAAGGAUAUUUUG